AAUGCUUUUAAUAAUUACUACGGAGUAAUAAUCUCUCUCUCUCUCUCUCUCUCUCUCUCUCUCUCUCUCCCUUUUCUUCAUUUCCGGUCACAUUUUAUACACCAAAAAUCCUCUCUCUCUCUCUCUCUCUCACAAAGAUAACCUCUCCGACAACCCACACCCAAUUUCUCUCCGCGAAUUUCGCCCUCUCGGAUUCUUUAUCCUCUCCACCCUUUCAUGUCCUCCGCCUCCGCCUCCGCCUCCGCCUCCCUCUUCACACCUCACCCACAUCUCUCACCCACUUUUCCAAAUGUACCCCUCACCCAGCCCUUCAAUUACCAGCCGCUAGAGCUUCAGAUUAGGGUUUUCCAGCUUCUCCCCGUGAUGUAGAUUCUGGAGGUGUUUUCUUUCUUGUUUGGUUGUUUCAUUCUCCGGUUAAAAAAAUCUGUUUUUUCGAUGGUUGGAUUAUAGAGACAGAUAUGGGUUAACGUUGAUUGUACACUAAUACGUGGAGCAUUUCAUUUUUUGGCUCUAAAUUGGGGCUUUUUUCUGAGGUGAUUUUCGAUUUAUGAUUUUUGGGGAAUCUUUAAGUAGGGGUAUUUGUGGAUCUGAGAGAAAGUUUAGGGUUUUUUUAUUUGGGUGUAGUGUGGCUUUGGAUUGUGGAUUGUAUCGAGGUUUGAAGGGAAAGAUAGAUUGGACUAUUGGGGUUUUUGUCAACGAACGUGAUCUUGAUUGGGGAUUUUGUGUGGUUUUGGAUUGGAUUGAAGAGAAGAGGUGUUGAAGCAUUAAGGUUUUUUGUUGUUUGAGGAACGUAUUUUCAAUCUCAAUCAGGAUCAAAUUUUGAGUCACGUGAUUGGGGAAAAGUUUAGAUUUUUUUGGUUUUGGAUUUGGCAUAGUAUUGAGGUUGAAAAGAAGGGAGAUAUUGCAAUAUUAGGUUAUUUAGAAAGAGGUGAUUUCGAUUGGGGAUCCAAAUAUGGAUCAUGUGAUUGGUGGGAAGUUCAAGCUCGGGCGGAAGAUUGGGAGCGGAUCUUUCGGCGAGCUGUAUUUGGGAGUGAAUGUACAAACUGGAGAGGAAGUUGCUGUGAAACUGGAAUCAGUGAAGACUAAACACCCUCAGCUGCAAUAUGAGUCGAAAUUGUACAUGCUUCUUCAGGGCGGAACUGGUAUUCCCCAUCUUAAAUGGUUUGGAGUUGAAGGUGAAUACAAUGCAAUGGUUAUUGACCUUCUUGGACCAAGCCUUGAAGAUUUAUUCAACUAUUGUAAUCGGAAGUUCACUUUAAAAACAGUUUUAAUGCUUGCCGAUCAGUUAAUAAAUAGAGUUGAAUAUAUGCACUCAAGAGGUUUUCUUCACCGUGAUAUAAAGCCUGACAACUUUCUAAUGGGUUUAGGGCGCAAAGCAAAUCAGGUCUAUGUUAUUGACUAUGGGCUUGCAAAGAAGUUUAGGGAUCUUCAAACACAUAAGCACAUACCAUACAGGGAAAACAAAAAUCUCACAGGCACUGCUCGUUAUGCGAGCGUUAACACUCACCUUGGAGUUGAGCAGAGCAGAAGGGAUGAUCUGGAAUCUCUUGGUUACGUGCUUAUGUAUUUUCUGCGGGGAAGCCUUCCUUGGCAAGGUUUGAAAGCUGGCACUAAAAAGCAGAAAUAUGACAGAAUUAGUGAAAAGAAGAUGGUUACUCCUAUAGAGGUGCUUUGCAAAUCAUAUCCAUCAGAAUUCAUAUCAUACUUUCACUACUGUCGAUCAUUGCGAUUUGAUGACAAACCAGAUUAUUCCUACCUGAAGAGGCUUUUCCGUGACCUAUUUAUUCGAGAAGGCUAUCAGUUUGACUACGUAUUUGACUGGACUAUUUUGAAGUAUCCACAAGUUGGUUCCAGUUCGAGGGCACGGCCCGUUGGGAAGUUACCUUUAAACCCAGGGCCACCUGCAGAAAGAGCUGAAAGGACCCCGGUGAGACAAGAGGUUCGAGAUAAAUUCUCAGGUGCAGUGGAGGCAUUUGCCAGAAGGAAUGGUACAACAGGUGGUGGUUUGCAUGGUGGUGAACACUCCAGGCACAGUGAUUAUUCCAGACAAAGAUCUUCAGAGGAUGUACCAUCCUCAAAGGAUGUGCAACCUGACUCUGAAAGAAGUCGCACCUCUCGUUACGGAAGCACUUCAAAAAGGGUUGUCAUGUCAGGCAGCCGACCAAGCUCAUCUGUUGAAGUCAGUGAGAACCGACAUAGCCGAUUGGGAUCAGGCAGUGGUCGCCUGUCUACUACCCAAAGGGUCCAACCAGGUCUUGAGUCCAAAUCAGCAUCUUUCACCCGUGCUGCUGCCACAAGAGGCGGCCGUGAUGAUCCUCUUCGGAGCUUUGAGCUGCUCACCAUUGGCACGGGAAAGAGGAAAUAAACGACUUAUACUCUGAGUAAGAACAAAUCCGAACGAAUCCAAUUUAUGAAGGCCUUACUCUAGGAAAGAAAAUCAGCAAGUCAGCUAUAUUCUUAAGUUGCAUGAUUGUUAGACAAAGGAUUACAUCCACGGGAAUAAGCUGAAGUUCCUUCUAGAGAUUUUUGAGAAGUUCUUCCUCAUCGUCAAUUCUUGCUGUUAUGAUAUCUUUUAAACUCAUAAAACAAGAAAGAGAUUGUUCAUCUCAAGUUUAGGGAAAUGUUUAUAUUGUUAAAGAUUGGUUGCUGUAACGAGUACUUCAGUUUGUUGUAUUAUGACAACUUUGCUUCAAUACCAUUAUGAGAACCUUUGCUUC